ACACACAACAUGAUUGACAUACAACUUCCAGGUUGGUUGAGCAGCAUUUUGGCAUUUAUAUCAAACACACACUUCCAUUUCCCCACCCCUUUCUGGGCUUUGGAAGAUCUCCAGUUUUCUCUCUUUUUUUGUUUGCCAUUCCGUCAGGUCGGAAACUAUGGACCGAUGCCACCAGAAACAAGCCAAAAUUACCAUUUUUGAAUUUGAAGAGGUUAGCAGUAUUGAAUGGGAGUUCAUAAACAUGAGUGAACAAGAGGCAGAUCUCAUCUACAGAAUGUAUAGCCUCGUUGGUGAGAGAUGGGAUUUGAUAGCCGGCCGGAUUCCAGGCCGAAAAGCAGAAGAAAUAGAGAGAUUUUGGAUAAUGAGACACCGUGAAGGGUUUGCAGCGAAGAGAAAAACUGCAUAGUGUUAAAAAGUACUCUAAGCUUAAGUCACCAACUUGUAAUGGCUUCAAAUGUGUUAUUCGUUCAAGUGUUUUUCUUCUAUAUUUAUUGUUUUCGCAAGAGUUUUAAAAGUUACUUCGUAUUAGUCCACCGAAAAAAAAAAAAAGUUACUUCUUAUU